AUGAACGAAGAGGCAGAAAUUGCUCAAUCAAUUGCUAUACCAGAACUAGCCCAGAGUCCCCAAGCUAAUCGCACAUCAUCAGCGACAGCGAACGAGAAUACUGAUACGAAUACGAUAAUCAACAACCCCAAUGCUGGAACAGUCGUCACACGCAUUGAGGAUAUUCUUGCGCAAAUCAUCGGUGCUUUAGCUGCGGGACAAGAGCUCUCAAUUCCAUUUUCUGCACGAAGGUCAACACGUCGCGCCGCAAACGCACAGCCAGAACAGGUUCGCUUCCCGGGUCGUAACCAGCAGGAAGCAGUCAAGUUUGCGCGCAUACUUCUCAUUCUUCAACUAUCACAUGAUGCUCUUGUAUCUGGCACCGUUCUAACCAAGCGCCACAUAUUUUACCAACACCAGCAUCUCUUUGAGAAGCAAGGCCAAGUAGAUGACCUCGUUGAUGACAUUGCCUUCAAUCUUGGUAUCGGUCGGGGGGAUCUGAAUAUCGUUGCGGCAUCAAAGGGUGCCCUGGCUGGACCGUUGCUAAUCCGCUUCCACAAUGGGAGUACGCUGAACCCUUGUUCGGGAGAUCUGGGAGUUGCUAUCCCGACUGUUCAGUCGAUCUCAAGCAUCGACGUUCAACACAUCAAAUGGAUCCUUGUCAUUGAGAAAGAUCACCCCCAACUGCCACUCCUGGGACUGUUUGACUAUGAUCCCGACGGCGUCAAGAUCUUACGAUGCUACCGACACGGAUCCGAAAGACUAAGCCACGAAGCUGAUCUCGGUAUAGAGGCAUUGCGGUGGCUUGGUAUCAGAUCAAUGCAUCUCUCUCGUGGUAAUACCAACACCUCACUCAGCAACUACGGACAGCCAAGCCAUGCGUCUAUCACAUCAAUACAGUGCCGUGAUCCUAUCACCUAUCUGAAUAGUAGAGAGCGGGCAGCAGCUAUCUCAACACUGAAGAAGACCAGCUUUCACUCUCCAAAUGAGCUCGAAGGCUCAGAACUACGACUCGAGUUGCAACUGAUGAUGAUGCUUGGUGUCAAAGCAGAAAUUGAGUGGCUCGAUGAGUCUGGGGACUUGUGUUCAUGGCUAGAGGGUGAAAUCGGAGAAGCACUCAUUAGCGAGAGAAUCUGA